UUUUUGUUAAACAAUCAAAAAUUGGAAAAUACCGGUUACCGGUAACUCAGUGAUUUUGAAAAGCAGUUGCGAGUGUCAUUUUCCAGACUCUACAGACUGUCAGUUGUAAAACGCUAGAGCACUGAAGAAAGUAGAAAAAGAAACUGUUGAAAUUCGAAACUUGAUAACUGUUCCUUGUUUAACUUUAACUUGUUCGUGUCACAUCAUACAGGCGCACUGUCUGCACUCUGCAGUGUUACUGCUGUUUCUACAUAUGUACUUCCUGAUUAAUAUCUGAUAGUUUGAAUUUAAGAAUUUUCAGCUGUUUCGUGGCUUCAGCUGCUUUGUCAAUUGUCAUCAUGGGUCCGUGACCACUCGCCCGCACUCCACUGGAUGGAUUAACGCUUGAUUGUAAUUUGCGAUUAUUAAUACAUCGUUCUGUACGGCACCACUUUGCGCCCAGGCACGUUGUUUAUUUCGUUGUGCGAUUUUGAUUUAUCUUGUCACUUUGACUUGUGUUUACAGAAUUCGUGUCUUGGCCUUCGAGCGAUGGCUGCCAACGAGUAACGGAUUCUUAUUAUACAAAUCUGUCAGCUGUGGAUUGUGACUUCUACUUUGACUGUUGCAAGCUGCAAGCCUAAAAACUUGGUGCAUUCUUUGGCAGAUUUUUGUGGAAACAGUCAACUAUGCCCUUUUCGCUGGCGGACACGGUGCGCUGUUCGGAUAUCUGCUCUGCACCGGAAACGACAAGUUCUAUCAGGAUGUGGUCAUGCCUGUUGCGCGAUUGGCGAUUUCCGAUGGCGAAAAAGCCCACAGUGCCAUGAUCACGUUGUGCAAAUGGGGAUUGGUGCCGAAAUAUCAGUGCGCAAACGAUCGCUUGCAAACACGUGUCUUUGGACUCGAUUUUUGCUCUCCCCUUGGAUUGGCUGCGGGAUUUGAUAAACAUGGAGAUGCUAUCAAGGGAGUGUAUCGGAUGGGAUUUAGUCACAGCGAAAUCGGCUCGGUGACGCCCCAACCGCAGCCCGGAAAUCCCAAACCUCGAGUAUUUCGCCUUGUUGAAGAUCAGGCUAUAAUUAACCGGUAUGGAUUCCCAAGCGUUGGGCAUGCACGAGCCCAUGAGAACAUUCAGAAAGGCAUCAGAUAUAAAACCGGUCCAUUAGGAAUUAAUUUGGGUGCCAAUAAGACCAGCGCGAACGUUGUGCAGGAUUUUGUGGAUGGUGUGAAUGCAUUUGCUGAUUUGGCGGACUACUUCGUUGUUAAUGUCAGUAGUCCCAAUACGCCAGGGCUUCGAGUGCACCAGAAGCGGGAGAAACUACUGGAACUCUUGACUGCGGUUUUAAAGGCUAGAGACGCUCUACAACGAAAAAUACCUCUGUUGCUCAAAAUUGCUCCUGAUUUGACCAAAGAGGAUAAGGAGAGCAUCGCGCAAACGGCUCUUGAACUCAACGUCGACGGCUUGAUUGUGUGUAAUACCACCAUUUCCCGACCGGAAACGCUGAAAAGCAUUCACAAAAACGAAGCCGGCGGGUUGAGCGGCGACCCGGAAAAGGACGUUGCAAUGGAAACACUGCGGGACAUGUUCGAAUUAACCAAAGGACGCAUUCCUAUAAUUGCGCUGGGCGGCAUCAGCUCCGGCGAAGAGGCCUACCGCCGUAUCCGAGCCGGCGCCAGUCUUAUUCAAGUGUACACGGCUUUCACCUACCAGGGUCCUCCGCUGGUCAAGAGAAUAAAUGACGAACUGGAGGCGUUUCUGAAACGGGAUGGCUUGCGAAACAUAGCGGAUGCCGUCGGUAUUGACCGUUUGGGACCGUCGCCCAGCGGGUACGGGGAUCGUUUGAUCACCUUGGAGGAACAGAUUGCCGCUUCGAAUGUGUGACCAGCUUGCAGACAAAGUUCGGUGAUGCUUUUUUUACUGUCUUUUUUGCUUUCGCAUUUAGUGCUUCGCUUUGUGCCUUAAAACGCUUCUGUUUGCAGUAACUGUUUUAAAAUCUUUGUUACGUCAGUUAUACGGGCAUUUUCAUUGUUUCUGCUCUGACUUUUAAACCAGAAGUGAAAAAUUUAUAAAGAAACUUUAUGUGG